AUGUGGUUCAAACAGUACAACUACAAGCCACGCAGCAACAGCCAGUCCUCUCAGGGCUCGACCUCUACCUCUGGCAGCCCGCCCAAGGAGGAUACCAAGGUGACCGCGGCCAACGCCAAUCCUGGGGCCGCUGGGCGAAGACGGUCGUCAACGUCGGAAAAGUUUGCAGGGCUCACGGGACAGAAGCGAAACAACCACGACGACCGCAAGGCCAACUGGGCCGAGCAGAAGCCCGGCCAGCCUGGCAUCCUGGGCGGCAUGUGGCAGAACUUCACCAAGGGGUCUUAA